AUGAUUGAUAGCUCAGUCUGUAACCCGUGUGAUGAUAAUUGCUUUGAAUGUGCCACUCAGCACGAAUGUAUUUCAUGCAAAAAGGGGUUUUUUUUGUCAACUGACUCAAAUUAAAAAACAACAGGGAAAUGCCUCUUAAAAUCAGGAACAGCCGAGUUUACCCUUUAUGUUGAUAGCAUUUAUGGCAGGCAUACAACCAAUGAGACAACUGGUAUGACUCUUGAUGAUCCAUUUUAUUCACUAUAAAGUGCAAUAACAAAAGCUUAUGAGUAUGGAGCUAUGUAUGAGAAAUCAAUAAUCAAUAUAAAACUUGUAUCUGGGAAAAUUCACUCUAUGCUAAGAUAUGAUGAUAACAUUCUUCUGCCUAGAGCCUAUGAUUAAAAUUCAUAAGCCACAGCCAUAAAAAUUGACACUAUAGAUAAAACUCAAGUUAAAGUCCUUUAUAAACUAAGAGAUAAAUAUACUUUCUUCGUAGGAGGAGGACUAGAGAUAAGAAAUAUCGCAUUUGACGCAAUAGAUUCAAUUAUAGACACUAGAUAUACCAAUUUGAAUAUCACUCUUUUAAGUUCGAAUGAAUACGCUUGCUUGGAAGAUUUAUUUAGUAACUGCUGCAAAAUUUAAAAGGAAGAUUCUAGUGGAAAGUAUAUAAUAAGUGGACCUGAUUUCUGUUUGCUCAAAAUACUACCAAAUGAUUAGUGUCAUUUGCCUAUUGGUGGUUCAUUAAUAUAGUUUGAUAUCUCUAGUUAAACAUCUCUGGCUUCUCCUUAAGUUCUAAUUUUAGAGCUCCAUUAUGGGUAAAUCCGCAACUAAAAUUGA